CGGGCGGGAGGAGAGCGAGGGGCGCUGGGGGGAACAGGGCGGGGGAGCCCCCGGAGCCCCCCCCGUCCGAGCUGCUGCCUGCAAGGGAAACACAGUAGCCCUGUUCAGACGUUGCAUGAUAAGCGUGGCAGAUGUCUGUCCACUCGUACGUGCUGCCGCCCUGUGAGUGGCUGCGCCGUGCUCCGCUUCAGACGGGAGCCGGUGGAGGCCCUCAGUGGCAGAUCCAGAGCGGAAGGGCGCGGUGUGGCUUCUGGUGACCGCAGCCGCUGUGGAGCGGAGUCCCCUUCGCUGGGAGCCCGGAAUGGUCUUCUCUCGGCUUCUCGGUGGAGGCAUGCGCGGUCAAGAAACUACCCACGAGAGCUGGAAUCAUGCCAGCUGGAAGCCGUCUCCGUGGAAUUUGGGGACUACCACCCACUCAAACCCAUCACAGUAACGGAGUCCAAGAGCAAGAAGCUGGGCCGGAAAGGGAGCACGUCCUCCACCUCCUCGUCUUCCUCCAGUUCCAUGGCAGACCCUCUGAGCAGCGUGCUGGAUGGCACCGAUCCGUUGUCCUUGUUUGCCGCAACCGCAGACCCCGUGCUUGCCACGACUAAUACGGAGAGCGCCAGAAAAAAACGUGACAGAGACGAUACUUUGCCUGUUGGAGAUGACUUCGAGCCGUGGUCAAACAAGCGCGGCGAGAUUCUUGCAAGGUACACGACCAACGAAAAGCUCUCCAUCAACUUGUACAUGGGAUCCGAAAAAGCAGGAAAAGCGACCACUCCUGGCUCUGCCGUUUCUGAGAAAGUGCGGACCAGACUAGAAGAGCUGGAUGAUCUGGAAGAGGGGUCACAGAAAGAGCUGCUGAACUUGACUCAGCAAGAUUACACCAACCGGAUUGAAGAACUCAACCAGUCCUUGAAGGACGCCUGGGCCUCGGAUCAAAAAGUCAAAGCUCUGAAGAUCGUUAUUCAGUGCUCUAAACUUCUUUCUGACACAAGUGUGAUUCAGUUUUAUCCGAGCAAAUUCGUCUUAAUCACAGACAUCCUGGACACGUUUGGAAAGCUGGUGUAUGAAAGAAUCCUUUCCAUGUGUGCAGAUAAUCGCAGCUCCUUACCAGAUAAUUUUACUCCAGAAAGUGUUAAUGAUACUGCCAAAGAAACCUGCUUAAACUGGUUCUUCAAGAUCGCUUCUAUUCGAGAACUCAUUCCCAGAUUUUAUGUGGAAGCAGCCAUCCUGAAAUGCAACAAAUUUCUUUCUAAAACGGGGAUUUUGGAAUGUCUUCCACGAUUGACCUCCAUGAUCCGAGGAAUUGGAGAUCCUUUGGUUGCAGUCUAUGCCAGAGCGUAUCUCUGCAGGGUUGGGAUGGAGGUGGCACCUCAUCUGAAAGAGAGCCUCAACAAGAACUUUUUUGACUUCCUCCUAACCUUUAAGCAAAUUCAUGGGGAUACGGUUCAGAAUCAGCUGGUGGUUCAGUGUGUAGAGAUCCCGUUAUAUCUAACUCUCUAUUCUCCUGCAAUAGAUUGGAUUCUACAGUGCCUCUCUUACCGGGCUGCAGAGGUUCUGCUUACUGAGAUGAUGGAAAGGUGCAGGAAGUUGGGCAACAACGCCUUGCUCUUGAAUUCAGUCAUGUCUGCCUUCCGAGCGGAGUUCAUUGCUACGAGGUCGAUGGAUUUUAUUGGCAUGAUUAAAGAGUGCGACGAUUCUGGCUUCCCCAAGCAUCUUCUCUUUCGCUCUCUGGGGCGGAACUUGGCUUUCGCUGACCCUCCAGAAGCCGAUCGACUUCAGAUCUUGAAUGAAGCCUGGAAGGUCAUCACAAAGUUAAAGAACCCGCAGAAUUAUAUCCACUGUGCAGAAAUCUGGGUGGAAUAUACCUGCAGACAUUUCACGAAGCGUGAGGUCAAUACGGUUUUGGCAGACGUCAUCAAGCACAUGACUCCGGAUCGUGCGUUUGAAGAGGCUUACCCCCAGCUGCAAUCAAUAAUUCAGAAGGUUAUCAACUAUUUCCAUGAUUUCUCUGUUCUCUUUUCAUUGGAGAAAUUCUUACCGUUCCUGGAUAUGUUCCAGAAAGAGAGUGUGAGAGUGGAAGUCUGCAAGUGCAUAAUGGAAGCUUUUAUUAAGCAUCAGCAGGAGCCCACGAAGGACCCUGUGAUCCUCAACGCCCUCCUCCACGUCUGCAAGACCAUGCACGACUCUGUCAACGCGCUGACACUAGAAGACGAAAAGCGGAUGUUGGCCUCUUUGAUAAAUGGAUUUCUAAGAAUGGUUUCGUUUGGCCGCGACUUUGAGCAGCAGCUGAGUUUUUAUGUCGAGACCAGAUCGAUGUUUUGCAAUCUGGAACCGGUCCUCGUCCAGCUGAUUCACAGUGUGAACCGGCUGGCAAUGGAAACCAGAAAAGUGAUGAAAGGGAACCAUUCCAGAAAGACAGCUGCAUUUGUCAGGGCCUGCGUUGCCUUCUGCUUCAUCACGAUCCCUUCUCUGGCCAGCAUCUUCACCCGCCUUAACCUGUACCUGCUCUCGGGCCAGGUGGCUCUGGCCAAUCAGUGCCUGUCACAAGCUGACGCCUUCUUCAGAGCCGCCAUCAGCCUUGUUCCGGAGGUGCCGAAGACCAUCAGCAUCGAUGGGAAGAUGCGCCCCUCGGAGGCGUUCCUCCUGGAAUUCCUCUGCAACUUCUUUUCCACCUUAUUGGUCAUUCCGGACCAUCCCGAGCAAGGCGUGCUGUUCCUCGUGCGAGGGCUGCUCAACGUCAUCCAGGACUACACUUGGGAAGACAACAGUGACGACAAAGUCCGGAUCUACACGAACGUCUUGCAUCUCCUCUCGGCAGCCAGCCAGGAGACCUACAUCUACCAUGUGGACAAAGUGGAAUCCAACGAUACCUUGUAUGGUGGAGAUACCAAGUUCCUAGCAGAGAUGAGCAAGCUGUGUGAGACGGUCGUAGCCCAAAUCCUGGAGCACCUGAAGAGCCUCGGAAGGGACGAGGCCUUCAAGCGGCAAAGCCAGCUGGCCUUCUGCUUCUUCAACAGCAUUUUGGCUCACGGAGAUCUCCGAAACAACAAGCUCAACCAGCUUGCUGUGAAUCUGUGGAACCUGGCCCAGAAGAAUGGCUUUGCAGACACCAAGACCAUGGUGAAAACCUUGGACUACAUCCAGAGGCAGAGCAGACGCCCCGAGCGGAGCCACUUUGCAGAGCUGGCGCUGAGACUCCCCCUGCAGUCGAGGACCUGACGGCAGGAGCCCGAGCGACCGGGACGCGGCUUCCCCGGAGGGCUUGCUUCUCGGAGGCCGGCUGCGUCGGAGGCGAUGGUCGAAGUCCAGUCCCUUUUCACUCUGAAGUGCCUGUCCCUGGCAUGUGCGUGGCAGAUUUAUUUGGUCAGGAAGGCAGGAGGGAAAUGGUCCUUUGGAAAGGAGGUUUUGUUUUCACGCAGCACAGCUGUUAAACGUCCAGAGGGGAUUUAGAUGCUAGUGUUGUUGGGUCAGUAAAAUGGCAUCUCUGAUCAUUUCCGGUGGGAAAUAAGGUUGAUGCCCAACUCGGAUGGGGCUGUCAAGCACAGGGAAGGUCACCCUUGCCCGCCUGCCAGAGCGGGGCUCUCGUGGGCCUGGCCAGGAAUGGGCAGCUGCACUCAACUGCAACAGGCUCUCCCAGGCCCGGGGUUGGGGUUGGGGCUGGGGGUGUCUGGGACUUCCAGAGUGUCCUGUCAGUGGAGGGGCCCUCAGAAACAUUUGAAAACCCUGUAAGCAAAUAUGUUAGUUUGGUCCAGUGUGAAAAUGUUUCCUGCUGUAUUAAAAAGCCAAAAUCAAAGGGAA